ACCGCGAGAGGGGGCGGGGUGGGGCCAACCCAGGGCGACAGGGAAAGGUCUGGAAGAUGGAGGCGGAGUGAGUUGAGGGGGGUGUUCUCAGCUUCCCCAGAGUCUGCUUGCUGCAGAAUCCAGUCCCCUGUCUGCAUUGUGGGCCGUGGUGGCAGUGGGGAGAGAGAGAGAGAGCGCCGCGGCAGCUUCCACCUGGCUGAGGGUUUUAAAUGGAGCGGGAGAUCGAGCGCGGUACCAUGGCGGAGUCAGCAGCAAGCACAACUUCGACUGUCACCGAGACGGUGGACCAAAACCAGCCCGCAGAUGUGGAGAACCGCAGUAUCACCAUUAAACUGAGGAAGCGCAAGACCAACAAGAAGGUGGAGUGGACGAGUGACACCGUUGACAACGAGCACCUGGGCCGUCGCUCCUCCAAGUGCUGCUGCAUCUACGAGAAGCCGAGGGCGUUCGGGGAGAGUUCGUCAGAGAGCGAGGAUGAGGACGGUGGCUGCGGGAACGCGCACUGUGUCCGGGGACACAAGAAACCUUUCCCGGGAGGAGCCGCGCACGCCGCCGAGCAUAACCACGGCGCUGGGCACCCAAAUCACGGACUCAGCCAACCACCAGAGAACUGAUUGAGAAGGAGAGAGACUCGGGGAUGGGGUGUGGUUUCGAGGGGGAAGCUGGAAUGGAUGGACGGACGGAUGAAUGAAAGAGUAUGGUUCUGGCGGAAGGCUUGCCCCCUCUGUACGGAUCCACUCUCCCAAUCUCUGUGUGAUGGGACCUGACUCGAAGGGUCUUCUUGCAAUCGUGAGGUUUGCUUUUGUUUUAGAGGAGAGGGUUUUUUUUUAAUUUAAGAGAAAGCAGGUCUGUAAAUUCA